AUGCCUUCACCAUCCUCGUCACUUGCCACAUUGCGGCCCGACUUGGGCGGCAGUGUGAUGGAAAUUGAUCUGAUGGGCCAGCUCAAUGGCUUCAUCGGAUUGCAGAUUUUGCCCGUAUUUGAAGCUCCGAAAUCCUCGGGGACAUUCGGUCGCUUGAAGCUUGAACAAUUGCUUCACACUCGUGAAGUCGAUCGCUCGCCAACUGGUUCCUACAACCGUGGCGAGUGGGAAUUCGAAGAUGAAGCCUACAAGACCACCGAAAAGGGUCUCGAAGAGCGAAUCGAUGACAACGAAGCGGAGAUGUACAAGGACUACUUCGACGCUGAGUUGAUCUCUGCCGAGCGUUGCCUUCAUGGGGUGCUGCACGCAGCAGAGCGCCGUGUCCAUGCGAUGAUCUUCAAUGAGACGAACUUUGAUGACACCGGAACUGAUUCGGUGGUUGACUGGGGAACGCUCGACAGUGCGACGCCCCUGACAGAUGUGGAGUUGGCCGUCCAAGCGGUCUAUGACGCCAGUGGUUUCCGGCCGAACACGGUCGUGAUGACUUGGAAGCGAUUCCGUCAGUGUGUUCGUACAGACGAAGUAAAGGAUCUGAUCAAGCAUCAGAACUUCCAAGACGUUCGACCGGAAGCGAUCACGAAGCAAGCACUUGCCACCCUGUUCCAGGUCGACGAAGUGCUUGUUGCCGACUCGACUCAAAACGACGCGGUUCAGGGGGCGACGCCUUCCCUGGCCCCAACUUGGGGAACCGAAUAUGUCUGGGUGGGUAAGGUCGCCCGCACUCGCGACAUUCGCGAGCCUUGCGUAGGCCGCACAAUCCACUGGGAUGAAGACGGCUCGAUGGUCGGUGGGGCUUUCGAAACCUACCGUGACGAAAACGUACGGUCGGAUAUUGUUCGGAACAAAGUAAUGCCAGAGCAAGAUCAGAAGCCACAAGAGCUUAAAGCGAAGCUUGAUCAACGCCGGGAAGAGUCGCGUUCCGAAGGUGUGGUCAGUGAGGUUGACGCACUGAAGUCCGACAACGCUUCGCUUCGUGAGCAAAACACAAAACUCAAGCAGCAGCUCGAAGAGCGAGAGAAGGAAUUCGCCGAGAUGACGAAGGAAAACACUCGCCUUGCAUCCGAGGCCAAAGGUCUCCAACGACAAGCUGAGCGAGACAAUGAGAGUCUCAUUCCAAUCAAGUGCCGUCGUGACACGAUUUUGGGCGGCAAUCCUUGUGCGAUCGGAACAGCAAUCGCACACGUUCGCCUACGCGACGGCGUUAGCCCGACGGAACUGGUCGACGCGAUCAAAGAAGGCGAAGGAGUGUUGCUGAUGAGUGUUGCUAUGAAGCUCACACCGUCUUCGAGUUCCUAUAGAGACCUCGAGGAAUGGGAUGAGGGCACAGCGAGACUUGUGUUUCCCGACAACGAAGGGGUUUCGUUCGGCGACGGUCGGGACGGCGAGUUCUACAGCGACGGUUCGGCAUUGUGUCGCAGUCUGAAUAGCAUCGGUCUGGCCUUGGACAACGAUCGUCUCGUCGAUCGGUUUUCGGCAAUGGCCUUGGUGCCCGGGCAAGUCUCUGUUCCGUACAAGGAACAAAAUUACGACGGCGGAAUCGCGGCAGGGAUCGCCCUACAAAACCGUUCGCUCUACCUGGUCAGCACGGACGGGAACGUAGCGGCGUUGCUGUUCGCGAAUCUCAGCAAUUUGCUGUCUGCCGUCCAGGUUGAGGUCGACAUGGAUUCGCUUGCGUUGGACAUCAAGGGCGAUGCGGCGACGGCGAUUCAGAUUGGUGAUACCAACGACACGCUGGCCGAACUUGGGGCGACGCCCGUUGGCAAGGCCACGCACAUUGCAGACCCCGCGGCUGAUGCCGGCGAACUGGCCACGGCCGUGGCGUCGAUUAUCGACGCACUCGAAGCAAAAGGGGCCGAAAUUACGGUUGACCUGGUUGACGCCUAUGGCAACACGCCGACCGGCUACGAUGACAUCGGGGUUACGGUCGAAAAGGGGGGCGGCAUCUAUCAAUGGCGUGGUUUUGUUCCGCAAUACUUCCUGGGCUCGAUUGUUGCCAAGGUGGGUGGUGUGGAACAGGCUACGGCCGAUGUGCCAAUCAAUGACGAGAGAUUGGACCAAGCUCUAAUUGCCGCAGCCGAGGCCCGAGACUUCUCAAAGCAGUGUCUUGACCUCCUCCAGGCAGAUGAGUUUGUCGACACCUCCGACAGUCAAGCGUGGGCAAGGGUCUCUGUGAAACGCGGCACAGGAGGCUUGUCGGGUGGAACUGAAUUGUCUCGUCGCCUCUUGAAAGAUGUUGACGGAGACGCUUUGUCUGAGACCUCUACUGUGGUAGGGCAGGCAUUCGAUAGUCAACUUGCUGAGUGGCACCCGUUCGAGCAGAUCGCGAAUUGCCGUCUUGCGUUGGUACCGCAUUUGUUCGCCCAGCAAUACCAAGAAAGCUACAGCGAACAGCGAUUGACGCGGGCUGAUGGGUACGGCGACCCGGUGGGCGUUGUUGUCGAUGCUUCGAGCGAUACACACGUGGUGUAUGCGGCCAACGAUCCGGCUCGGCCGACGUUACGAGGUGGAGGUUCGCCAAAGAGUUAUUUUGAAUUCGACGGGGUAAACGAGUACUUGAUCGUCGAAAACUCGAAGGCCGCCUUCGAGUGUGUUACUAGCGAUGUGAACUAUACGCUGGCGAUUCGCUUUCGAUGUCGGCCGGGAACUAAUGGUCUCAACUUCACGCUUGUUGAUAGCUGCAAUCUGACGGGUGCCAACGUUGGAUUCUUCCUGCGGCGACUGUCGAACGGCAAAUUGCGAUAUACGGUGGGUAGCGGUUCUACGGUGGCCUCACUCGACACAGCGGCAACCGUGACCGAUGCCGACGGGUGGGUGACCGUGUUCAUUCACGAUGAUGGGGCGGCUGGCACAAUUCAGGUCGGCAGCAAUGCUGCGGAAAACAUCACCUAUCCUGGCAAUUCUCCCUCGUCUGCUGCUGCGGCUUACGAUCUUCGAAUUGGUCGACGAGCAGGGUCCAGUUCAGACUACGCUCCCAUCGAGUUGGCGUGGCUUGUGAUAGCUGAGGGCCAAACGGCCGAAGCGGUAGAUGAGCAAUUGCGGAAUUACGAUCCGCAACCUACAGCGAUCAGUCGCGGAGGUAAAACGGCCGCGGAGCCGGGGUUCAAGGACUUCACUCACAAGCACUCGAUUUGGCUGGCGGACGAAGCGGCCAGCCUGUACCAGGAGGCCGCUCGCACGACGCCGGCGACGGCCGACACUAACCCGGUCGGAUCGUGGAGCGAUUACCGCGGCACCUACCUGAACCGCAUUCUGUCGACGAGCGCCAGCGGCGACCGGCCGACGUUGCAGAUGGCCGAGUACAACUCGACCAAAAACACCGUGCGGUGGGAUGGCCUUGAUGACAACCUCAAUCUCUCGCAAGCGUUUGCCAACCACGGUGACUUUACGCUCUUGCUGGUCGGGAAGAAUAGCAACGCUACCCACGGGUCGCACUUUGCCAAGGGAAACGAAUACCUCGUAAAGACAGGAAGUAAUUACGAGGGUUCGGGGGGCGACGAUGAGCGGUGGGUGUUUCAUCAACCCGGGCUGGGAGAUGCGUCGUUCGGCCAGGGGGCCGGAGCACCGGGGGAAGCGAUGCCGGGCGAGGUGCUGUUUGCCGCGGCGUUCCGGCGUCAACUCGACCAGAUAACGAUCUUCUGCCAAGGCAUCAAAGGCUUUGAAACGUUCACGAAGACCGAUGUGUUUCAGAUUACGUCGAUUGGCGACUACUUCAGUGCUAACAGCGAUUUCCAACUCCAAGGCGAUAUCUGCGGCUAUGGGCUCUACCUGGCGGCCUUCAGAAUUUCGAUGCUGAUAGCUCAACUCCUUCAAGGUUUCGGAAACAGCGGGUACUCGAUACCUGAGUUGCCGACCGCGCCGGCGUUGGGCGAUUCGGUAUUCGAUCAGCUCUACCAAAAGAACGCCCUGCCUCUGCUGAUGAAGCACUACGGCGUUGACAUUACAUACACACCGCCCGGCGGCAUUGGGGCAACCGUAAAAGCGAUUGUUAGCCCUGAGAUGUCCCGAGAGGAAGACAACGAGGGGAACCGAGAGAAAAAGCGAAGCACUGUUGUUGCGAUUCCGCGAUCGGAACUUAGUGUUCCGCAGAGUACGGCUACGGUCGGCGUCGGUGGUGAGGAUUGGAACAUCGGGCAGAUAGAAGCCUACAACCGCAACUGGAACAUUUUGGAACUGGUUCGCUACGAAUCAAUGGAAUACGCGGGCGAUCGCCUGCAAGAGCUGAUGCCCACUGACGGAGUGAUCCUUGACGCCGAGGACUUUCUGAUAGCCACCCUCGCUGCGUGCCCUGAAUUCCAGUCGCUUGUUGGUGCUGCGAAUGCGACCGUUGCAAUGGACAGCAUUCGUGUCGAAGUAUUGCCACCCCCAUCGAACCUGGAAACCAAGACGCCUGUCGAAGUAGGCGAAGAACGACCAAUGGCAUUGCUGUGGACCGAUAAGGAUGGCGAAGGAAUCACUCUGGAGCACAGUUCAUCGGGCACCAAACACCACUACGACUACGGCGGACUGAUUCACUUGCAGAUCAGUCGUACGCUUCCGGCCGGAGAGACGCUAUCUGCCUCCAUGCGUGAAUGGAAAGGCAUCGUAGGCAGAAUCAUUGAAGAGCUUGACGAACGUUUUGGCUUGCCGGGCUACCUCGCACCGUCGCGGGUAACCAUGUUGGGCCCGUACGUCGACGACACCAAGAAAAGAGCAACGCCAGGUGUGGCGAAGCGUAAGCUCAAUCAAUUCAUCAAGCACGGUUAUGUCGUGGCCUUGACGCUUUGGCAUCGUAAGUUUCGGCCGAAGCACUUCACGCGAGAGGCGUUUCGUAGGUACCCGGGUGUGUAUAAGCCUCGUGCCGGCGAGCGGGGAAAUCCUCAACGCGACAAGAACGGGAAGCUGCUUGGCUUUCGCUCAACGUACACGGGCCAGAAGUUGCGAAGGAGCUUAUACAUGCCACUAGAUAGCAGAUACUCAUUGGCGGCCGUGGAGUUGGACACGACCGUUCUCAGCGGAAUCACGCGACACAGCGUCGGUACCGACACUGAGACAACCUUCGAUGUUUCAGACGGCGAGAUAUUUGCUCGCUGGCUCUCGAUGACCGCCCAGAAUCCCAAGGCACGAUUCACGACCCAAAACGUUUCGGCAGCCUUGGCCAGCAUUGGGCUACUGGGAUUGAGUAUCAACGACCUUUCAAGCGGCCUGAAGUUCUAUUCUCAGAAACACCAGCAUGGUGGCUCCCGGGCUUCAGGCAGUGCUCACCGUGUGCUGACUUUCAUCGACGGCAUGAUUGUUCCUCGUCAAUUGACAGCCGAGCAUCAAGGAAAUGCCGAAAUUGAAUACGAGGCCCUCAUCACAUGGGAAGGUAGUACAGAUCCGAUUCAGAUCGGUGACAGCGCGGCGCUUCCCACGAUUAGCAACACAGGAAGGUUGACGCUUGGCCCAAUCGCGAUCGGGGGCGUGACGAUCGAUCAUGUGAAGCGAAUCACACUCGACUUUGGCAUCGAAGCGAUGCAAGAGUCGGCAGACUCAGACAUCUGGCCUCGCUUCGUAUCCAUCAUGUCGAUCAAGCCCGUGCUUCGGAUCGAAGGAAUUGACGCCACUUGGUUCAGUUCCGGAAAGAUCCCACUAGCUGGCAAAGGCUUUACGCAUGCCAACACGACAGUCUAUCUGCGUGAUCGUGCUGAGCACGCGAGCUACGCGGCCGACGACAGUGAAAGUCACACCAGCAUGACGAUGGCAGGCAUGGCCUAUGUCGAUACCGGCAUGGAGGCAUCGGGCGAGGACCCUGAAAGCCUCACUCUGGUGUUGGAGAUCGACUAUGACGGGACGAAUGUUCCAAUCGUAAUCGAUACGGGCCCCAUUAUGCCCGUCGAAUCGACAAUGCAGUUCCGUCACACGGUAAAGGAAACCCUUCCCGCCGCUGAUGCUCCGUUCGCAAGUGCGAAUCUUCCUAUCACGCACGACGGCCUGAAUGUGAUCAAGCGGAUCGAUGCUGAUAGUGACGUGCCUGGCACACUAGUGAUCGCCGAUGACGUGGAACUCAGCAGUGGCAGUGCCACGAUCGAUUUGGCUUCAGCCAGUCACAAUGGCACAACAGUUGAUGCCAGCGGCCUGAAGCUCCAGCACAUCACGAUUGCAAACCCCGCGGGCAAUAACCCGAUGACUGUUGAGCCAGGGGCGAGCAAUCCCUACAGCCUAUUUGGGGCAAGUGGACAAGUCACACUCGACGGCGACUCACAACUCCAGAUGAGCUUCGCGGACACUCGGGAAGAUGUUGACGGAACCCACAAGGAGAUCGACAUCACCGGAUUCAUUUACUACGUUCCACGAAAGCCGGGUGAGAAGGUUGAAUACAACGUUCUGUUGCCUCGAUCACGUGGCAUCGGCUACGCAUUCGACGAUGAGUGUGGCGUCGGAGAGGUAAUGAGCGGGCCAGACGGCAAGCCUGGCUUUGUGAUGGGCGUGCCUCGCAGAACUGGCAUCCCUCAAUACAAGAAGGACACCCAGCAUUGGCGUCAGAUUCCGAAGUCCGAUGCUUGGGUUGGCUGGCAAAAAGAGGGAAGCAUUCAUCCGGUUGAUCUUGUCCGCAAAGAGUUGAUGGAUGGUCACAAUGUGCGCCUUGCGGAUGGAAACUCUUGGCUCUGUCCCAUGGCGGUCGCCCCAGAGGAGCGCGAAGGUGUUUUGUGUCCGAGCUGUCGAUUACCAAUGGGCACUACGAUCGACGAGGAGGGUGAGUGGAUUCCAACCGGAGUAGCGGAGGGAUACCAAAGAUUGUGGGCCUAUGCUGUGCAGUGGUGGUCAGCAAUGGGGAAUGCCACCAUCGAGAUUGGGGACGAUACGGCAACAUCAUCUUUUGAUUUUAACGGACUCAACGAUGCCGCACUGCAUUGUCUUCAGCGGAACUAUCGUGUGGGCAAACUCGAAGUCUCGAUUCUUGGUUUGUUCAACAACAAGGUUGCUACAGAAAUUCUAAAGGCACUGAUCGACUGGCCCACAGUCGUGAAGCGAAUGGAGUCGCGACUAAAAAAAGAGAUGGCCGUUGGCUCGAGUACCGAGCAUGGGCCAGCGGCCUCCACCCCAGCUAUCGACCAACCUUAG